AUGUUCUCCAGCAAGCCCAAGUAUUCAGCCGACAAGACCAAGGUGCACCUCAAGAUGCUCUGCAACCGCUUCCAGCUCCUCACACAGAAGAAGGCGAACCUCGCAAAGCAGCAGAAGCGGCAGGUCGCCACGCUGCUCCGCGACGACAAGGAGCAAAACGCACGCAUCCUCGUGGAGCACAUCAUCCGCGAGGCGCGCCCGCCCCGCCCAGACUACACCCUCGAGUCGUACGGCAUCCUCCGUCAGUACGCCGAGAUGCUGCUCGCCCGCCUCGAGGUGGUCAACUCGGAGGACCACCUCAAGCCGGAGAUUGCCGAGGCGGUGUGCGCGCUGCUGUACGCGGGCUGGCUGUACGGCUCCGAGAUCCCGGAGCUCAAGGUGCUGCACGCGCAGUUCACGGCAAAGUACGGCAAGGAGUAUGCGCAGGAGGUCAUCGAGAACAAGGAGAAGUACCUCAACCACCGCCUCGUCCGCAUGCUCACC